UUUGUUACAUAUUUUGUUAAAUAUUUACUGAAUGCUAACAUAUUGACUUAAAUGUUAAUUGAUACAUUGUCAUUUAAACCAAUGUCUCAACAGUCUAAAGUUAUUCAACUGUACAAAACGCUGUUGUACAUGGGUAAAGACUACCCCAGAGGUUAUGACUUCUUCAAGCAGAAUUUGAGAAGAGCUUUUGAAAAAAAUAGAGGAGAACGCGAUCCAGAGAAAAUUGAGAAAAUGCUGGUCCACAGGUCUCUAACUAUGGCAGUUUGUGUUGCUGUAAUAGGUAAAGAUAACUCUCCGAAAUACAUUAGAUGUGCUGAUGAAUCGUUGGCAUUGCAAUUCCACUGCAAGGUUCACACAUCAAUAGACAUCAUAGAAGAGAAACUGAAUAUUGGUAACAAAACGGCGAUUGAUAUACGGGAUUUGUACUUAGGAUUGUUAUAUGCCACAGAAGAAUAUAAAAUAUACGGGUAUGCGACAAAUACAAAAAUCAAAUUCAUUAUUGUAUUGCAGUCAUCAAACAUAUCAUUACGAGACAAUGAUGUAAAAAUGAUCUUUAAAAAGUUGCAUGCUGCAUAUUCUAAUGCUGUAUGCAAUCCAUUUUACAUUCCAGGUGAUGAAAUUAAUUCUAAGUCUUUUGAUGUAUCGAUAAUGGAAAUAAUGGGUAUUAUAUAG